AUGAAAAAGUUAAUUAAUUGUGGCAAUAGAUUAUAUGUUGGCAAUAUUCCAGGCUCAGCAACAAGACAAGAAUUAAUAAAAAUAUUUGAAGAAUAUGGAAAGAUUUCAGAUAUCGAUAUAAAAUAUAAUCGUAAUAGUAAUGGAACGAAUUAUGCAUUUAUUGAAUAUGAGAACCCUAAGAGUGCUGAGAAAACUAUACAAAAAAGGAAUGGAAAAAAAUUUAAAGGAUAUAUGUUAAAAGUAGAAUAUAGUAUAGAAAAAAAAAAUAGAGAUUUGAAUGAUAUAUAUAGGUCUGAAUACAGAGUUGUUGUAAAACAUUUCCCAAGAUUUUUUAAAAAUAUAAAAGAAUUUUUAUCAAGAGCAGGAAAAGUACUUUAUAUUCAUAAAGAUAAUGGUCUUAUUAUUGCUGAAUAUGAAGAUAAAGAAAGUAUGAUUAAAGCUAUUAGUACAUUAGAUAGAACCAUCUAUAAUUCAAAAAGAAAAGUUUAUGUUCGAGUAUUUAAAGACAUACCUUAUGAUUAUUCGGAUGUAAAUCUUAUUGAUUAUAAUAUGGUCUUCUCAUCUACAAAAAAUGAAAAUAUAUCUCCAAACGAACUAAAUUAA